GUUAAGAGUUACAGAAGUGAAGAGGUGAAACAUGAACACAGAGCGCUCAGAGGAGAGCAGAGAAAGAUGUGUGCUGGUCUCUUCAUCUGAUCUCCGCUCACAAUGCAGGCGCUCUUCACAGAUGAUCCAGAGGAAAGAUGCAAGAAGAUGAAGGUGGAAGAUCUGAAGAAGCACAGAGACGCACCGGCAGAAACUUUCAUCGACAAACAGGAUCAGCGAAGAAACAAUAAGAAGAAAAGCGUGAAGCCCAGCAGAUCUGCAGGCACAGAAUGUGAAGCUGCGAGAGAAGUCGGAGUAGAUCUUGAAGGAUCUGACCUGUGGAAGAGAUUUGAUGAGAUCGGCACAGAGAUGAUCAUCACUAAAGCUGGGAGGAGAAUGUUCCCCUCGCUCCGAAUCAAGGUGCACAAUCUGGACCCCCACCAGCAAUACUCCAUUGCCAUGGACAUCACACCUGUGGACUCGAAGAGAUACAGGUAUGUGUACCACAGCUCUCAGUGGAUGGUGGCUGGGAACACGGAUCAUUCCUGCCUUCCUCCUCGUCUGUAUGUCCACCCGGACUCGCCGUCUUCAGGACACAGCUGGAUGAGACAGAUCAUCAGCUUCGAUCGAGUCAAACUCACCAACAACGAGAAGGAUGACAAAGGCCAUAUCGUCCUGAAGUCGAUGCACAAGUACAGGCCCCGCAUACACGUGAUUGAGCUCAGUCCUGUCCAGACUCUGGUGUCUCUGCCGGAGGAUGGCGUCUGCUCCUUCUCCUUCCCUGAGACUCAGUUCAUCACAGUCACAGCCUACCAGAACCAGCAGGUCUCUCAGAUCCACACAACACCAGUCUGA